UGUACGGAACAGUGCACGCCGGGGAGCCCCGCACAGGAAGCGGGAGAAUUCACCGCUAUGGAUGUGACAGCCGUCUUGGGUUGAGCCGUGAUGGGCAUUUCUGGAACUGCAGGAAACAUUUAUUGAACACCUGCUGGGUGCCUGGAGGCAUCUGCCAUUUUAGAGGAGAGCUGAAAAAGAUGAAGUCCCAGGGAUUAGUAUCUUUCAAGGAUGUAGCUGUGGAUUUCACCCAGGAGGAGUGGCAGCAACUAGACCCUGCUCAGAAGACCCUGUACCGGGAUGUGAUGCUGGAGAACUAUAGCCACCUGGUCUCGAUGGGGCAUCCAGUUUCCAAACCAGAUGUCAUUUCCAAGUUGGAGCAAGGAGAAGAUCCAUGGAUCAUUAAAAGAGACAUACCAAAUUGGAUCUGUCCAUAUGAAGGUCAGACAGAUUGGCGACUAGACAGGAAGAGUAACCUUGACAACCCCCAAUCAUGUAUUUUGGGGUCUGUUUCCUUCCAUAAUAAGAUAUUGAAAGGAGUCACAAAGGAUGGUUCAUUAUACUCCAUUUUAAAAGUCUGUCAAAGUGAUGGCCAGUUACAGAGAUGUCAGAAAAACAGACUUUCCACGAAAGUAACAGUCAUCAACAACAAAACAAUGACUGUAGAGUCAGACUACAAAUAUGAUGCACUGAGGAAAAUAUUUCAAGAGUGUAUAGAGUCAGAUGCUUCAAGACAAAGACCCUAUAACUAUGAUGCCUUUAAAAAGAACUUGAAAUCUAAUAUUGACCUACCUAGUUGUAAUAAGAACAAUUCAAGAAGAAACCUUGAUGAGAGUUUUGGAUGUGGAAAAUCAUUCAUCCACAGUGUGGCCAAUUCUAACCUUGAGAAGAUUCACAAUGGAGUAAUUCCCUGUAAUGAUAUUGAGCAUGGAAACAUUUUCAGCAAGAAACAAUCCAUUAUUCAUUAUCAGAAUGUUGAAACCAAGGAGAAAACCUGUGUGUGUGUUACAUGUGGAAAAGCCUUUGCUAAGAAGUCACAGCUCAUUGUACAUCAACGGAUUCAUACUGGGAAAAAACCAUAUGAUUGUGGUGCAUGUGGGAAAGCCUUCAGUGAGAAGUUUCACCUCAUUGUACAUCAGAGAACUCAUACUGGGGAGAAACCUUAUGAAUGUUCUGAAUGUGGAAAAGCCUUCUCUCAAAAAUCAUCUCUUAUUAUACAUCAGAGAGUUCAUACUGGAGAAAAACCAUAUGAAUGUAGUGAAUGUGGAAAAGCCUUCUCCCAGAAAUCACCUCUCAUUAUACAUCAGAGAAUUCACACUGGAGAGAAACCUUAUGAAUGUAGAGAGUGUGGUAAGGCCUUCUCCCAGAAGUCACAACUGAUUAUACAUCAUAGAGCUCAUACUGGAGAGAAGCCCUAUGAGUGUACUGAAUGCGGGAAAGCCUUCUGUGAGAAGUCCCACCUCAUUAUACAUAAAAGAAUUCACACUGGGGAGAAACCCUACAAAUGUGCUCAGUGUGAGGAAGCCUUCAGCAGAAAGACAGAACUCAUUACACACCAGUUAAUUCAUACUGGGGAGAAACCUUAUGAAUGUACUGCUUGUGGGAAGACCUUCUCCCGAAAGUCACAGCUCAUUAUACAUCAGAGAACGCAUACUGGAGAAAAACCCUAUAAAUGCAAUGAAUGUGGAAAAGCCUUCUGUCAGAAAUCACAUCUCAUUGGACAUCAGAGGAUACACACAGGAGAAAAACCUUAUGUUUGUACUGAAUGUGGGAAAGCCUUCUCUCAAAAGUCUCACCUCCCAGGUCAUCAGAGGAUUCAUACAGGAGAGAAACCAUACAUAUGUGCUGAAUGUGGAAAGGCAUUUUCUCAGAAGUCAGAUCUUGUUUUACAUCGGAGAAUUCACACUGGGGAAAGACCCUAUCGGUGUGCUGUAUGUGGGAAAGCUUUCAUCCAGAAAUCACAACUCACUGUACAUCAGAGAAUUCAUAGCAGUGGUAAAAAUCAUAGUGAACUAAAAACACAGACAAGCUUUCAGUAUUAGCUCAAUGCUUAAUACAUAACAGGAACUUGAUUAAUUCGAUAACUUUGUUGACAGCAUCUUUAUAGAGAAAAUUUUACAAGAGAAUACAUAUCUGUAGUGUGGUGAUACCUAACUCAGCAGACAUGAUGGAAAAUAAUUACAUAAAUGAAGGCCAUUUUCACCAUAGCAUGUAGAGCUUUUAAAGUUAUGAAUUGAAUGGUUAGUAGAACAAAUUAUGUAUAUAUAAUGUUGUCAAAGUACAUAUUCCUUAUUAUGCCCCAUAACAAUAAACAUUGUGAAAUUGCUAA